AUGGCAUUGAUUCGUUCAUAUAUCGAACAACAAUUGAACGAAAUCGAACUACUACGUUGUUGUUACCCAUCUACAGACGAAUUCUAUCUCGAUGAUAUCGAUGCAUUCAAUGAAGCCAAACAAUUCAUUGAUGGGAAACAAGAUAAUCUUCAAAGAAAUCUCAGUUUCAUUCUUAAACUCCAACUGAACGACAUCAAUACGACAAUUGAACUGCAAUUUGUUUAUCCGAUUCAUUAUCCUGAAUUACCUGUUGAUAUUCAUCUCCGAACGUAUCUUUCGCGCGAAUUGUAUGAAAAAUUUCAUGAACUAGUCAAACAGUUUCACAAGGAGAAAUCUUCCGUCGAAGAACCAUACGUAAUGGAAUUUCUCUCUUGGAUUCAAGAUCAUUACCAGAUCUUCACUCCAUCGAAAAACACAACUGAACAACUCCCGACGAAGAAGUCUUAUGCGCGGCUGUGGACUUACAGUCAUCAUAUUUAUAACACAGAAAAACGUCGAAAUAUUGUCAAUUGGGCGAAUGAAUUACAUUUGAAUGGAUUUUCUCUACCGGGUAAACCGGGUAUCAUAUGUGUUGAAGGGCAACAGUGUGAUGUGGAUGAGUAUUGGUCACGGUUACGAAAAUUAACAUGGAAGCGAUUGCAAAUGAAAGAGAAAGAACUGUUCGACGAUCAUCAUGAAGAACAUUUACGUUUUCAAGGAUUCGAAGAAUUGAAUUCGUUGCUUGAUAAUAGUGGCAAAGGUGAUUUUGGACAAUUUCAUCAAUAUUUACAAGAGAAACAACUAGAAAAAAUAUUGUUCCUUCUCUAUCGUAUUAUGAAUUCUCAACAGCCAGAAAAACGUUUACCCAGGCCUGAUCUACGGCUCAGUUCAUCCAAAUGGAGUGCCGCUCAAACUGGCGGUAUGGCAACACGAGUAGCGAUCGUUGGUACUGUCGCUGCAAUCGCUGGAGCAUUAGGAUUAGUAUUUAUCUACCCGUAUUUAAAUAUCGAUCGCUAUCGUAGUAUUCAAAAACAUAACCGCGCGGGAAUCAAUCCGGAAGACGUACAACCGGCUGGUUUGCCCGUUACGGUAUAUUCAAAGAAGAAACCAGGAUCAAUUACAGUUUGUAAUACAGUACUAUUCAAGCUAUCUCCUCUAGUCAUUUGCUCAACAACAACAACAACAACAUGGCUUACAUAA